AUGGUCUUGAUCAAGAGCUUCGUGCUCUCGGCCCUCGCCGCUACGGUGGCAGCCAAGUCGGCCGUAAUCGAGCUCCUCCCCUCCAACUUCGACAAGGUCGUCCUCAAGUCCGGCAAGCCCACGCUCGUCGAGUUCUUUGCGCCGUGGUGCGGCCACUGCAAGAAGCUCGCCCCCGUUUGGGAGGAGCUUGCCUUUGCCUACGAGCACACCGACAAGGUCCAGAUCGCCAAGGUCGACGCCGACGCCCAGCGCGAGCUCGGAAAGCGAUUCGGUAUCCAGGGCUUCCCGACCCUCAAGUUCUUUGACGGAAAGAGCGACAAGCCCCAGGAGUACAAGUCUGGCCGCGACCUCGAGAGCCUUACCGAGUUUAUUGUUGAGAAGACUGGUGUCAAGCCCAAGAAGAAGCUUGAGCUGCCCAGCGAGGUUGCCAUCUUGAACGAUGGUUCGUUCGCCGAGACUAUUGGUGGAGACAAGAACGUCCUGGUUGCCUUUACCGCUCCUUGGUGUGGCCACUGCAAGAACCUUGCUCCCACCUGGGAGGAUGUUGCGACCGACUUCGUCAACGACAAGAAUGUUGUGAUUGCCAAGGUCGAUGCUGAGGCUCCCAACAGCAAGGCCGUCACCGAGCAGCAGGGCGUCAAGUCCUACCCCACCAUCAAGUGGUUCCCUGCCGGCAGCAAGGAGGCUGUCGCCUACGAGGGCGGCCGCAGCGAGGAGGCCAUCCUUGCCUGGGUCAACAAGCACGCUGGAACUCACCGUGUUCCCGGCGGUGGCCUGAAUGCCAUUGCUGGUACUGUUGAGUCUCUUGACACUCUUGUCGCCAAGAUUGCCGGUGGCGCCGCUCUUGCUGAGGUUGCCGCCGAGGUCAAGAAGGAGGUCGAGGGCCUUACAGAUGCUAUUCAGCAGAAGUACGCCGAGUACUACGUCCGUGUGUUUGAUAAGCUUAGCCAGAACAACGACUGGGCGUCCAAGGAGCUCGCCCGACUGGACGGCAUCUUGUCCAAGGGCGGGCUGGCCCCGACCAAGCGAGACCAGAUCCAGCAGAAGACCAACGUCCUCCGCAAGUUCCUCGAGAAGGCCGAGGAGAAGGUUGAGGAGAAGGUCGAGGAGGUCAAGGAUGAGCUAUAA